AUGCACCGCAUCUCUCUAUUUUCAUAUCUCCUACUUGGGAGUAUUCUUACCGCCGCAUCUUCCUCUUCGAAAUGCAAAUGCUUCCCCGGUGAUGCUUGUUGGCCUUCACCGACAGAAUGGGCGGCGUUCAAUAGCACCGUGGGAGGACGACUGAUCGAAACCAUCCCUCUGGGCUCGCCAUGCCAUGACCCAAACUAUGAUGCAGAAUUAUGCGCCAGUUUGCAGGACCAAUGGCUUGAUUCUGGAAUCCACAUGACUUCCUCUUCUUCCGUUAUGGCACCGUUCUUUGCAAACCAGAGUUGCGAUCCGUUCCAACCGGCAGAACGCCCUUGCAGCCUCGGCAAUUAUGUGAGGUAUACUGUGAAUGCUACAGGGUCUGAUGACGUUAUAGCAGCCGUAAACUUUGCACAGGAAAGAAACUUGCGGUUCGUCAUACGAGGUACCGGCCACGAUUAUCUCGGCAGAUCAACAGGUGCAGGGGCUCUAUCGAUCUGGACGUAUCACUUGAAAAGCACAGAACCACAGGACUGGAAGGAUUCUUCUUACGAGGGAAAGGCCCUCAAGUUUGGGGCGGGAAUCCAAGGCUUUGAGGCAUUGAAAGCGGCUGCGGACCUUGGUCUAGUCGUAGUUGGUGGUGAAUGCCCAACAGUCGGCCUCGCAGGAGGAUACACCCAAGGCGGUGGACACUCGGCGCUCAGUACCAAUUUCGGACUGGCCGCGGAUAAUACGCUCUCCUUCGAGGUCGUCACGGCUUCCGGAGAACUUGUCACUGCCUCUCGCAGUCAGAACACUGAUCUGUACUGGGCUCUCAGUGGAGGCGGCCCAGGCAACUAUGGCGUUGUCGUUUCAAUGACUGUCAAAGCCCAUCCCGACACUGUUGUCAGCGGUGUCAAGUUCUCUGUGGCUGUUGAUGAGACUCAGACGCCGGAUAAGGUAUUUGAGGCUGUCGAUGUCUGGCAUGCAAGCAUUGCGGAGAUUGUUGACUCGGGGGUUAUGGUCAUAUAUUUCUUCGGCACAGGUUUCUUACAGUUCCCGGCCCUCACCGCAUAUGGCAAGACCCAGAGUGAGCUUAAAGAGAUCCUGUCGUCCUUCCUCACGAAACUCGAGUCCUUGGGUCUGACCUACAGCGUCACAUACACCGAGUUUCCCUCCUACUUUGACCAUUAUGAUCAUUACUGGGGUCCUCUGCCUCUUGGCAACAUUCAAGUCGGCACGUCUCAGUACGGAGGCCGCUUGAUUAAGCGGUCACAGUUUUCAGGCUUCGGAGAGACAGCGAGGGCGCUCGCUGCAGAAGGUGUUACCUUCAUAGGUGUUGGAACGGAUGUAUCCAGGUUCGGGGCAGAUAACAGCGUUCUACCGGCGUGGAGGGAGAGUAUUGUUCAGGCGACACUGUCAGUGCCGUGGAACUUUACAGCCCCCUGGUCUGAGGGACUUGAGGUUCAAAAGAAGAUCACCGAGGUUGCGCAGCCCAUCAUCGAGGCUGCAACGCCCGGAAGUGGCGCGUACAUGAAUGAAGCGGACUGGAGGCAACCGAACUUUCAAGAAGCGUUCUUUGGUAGCAACUACGAAAAGCUGCUGCAAGUUAAGAGGAAGUGGGACCCCAAGAGUUUGUUCUAUGCAGUCGCUGCGGUCGGCAGCGAGGGUUAUGUGGUUCAAGAAGAUGGCAGGCUUUGCGAAACACGGGAUGAAGAUACACCGGCACAUGUUGAACUCUGA